CACCAAUCAGAUCGGGCCUACCUAGGGGUCGCGAGGCGGCGCAUGGCGGACGCGGUGCUAUUCGAGUUUCUGCACACCGAGAUGGUGGCGGAGCUGUGGGUCCCGGACCCGGACCCUGGCUCGGGGGGGAAGAAGACGAGCCUGUCGGUCCUGGAGGGCCUGGGCUUCCGCGUGGGCCAGGCGCUGGGUGAGAGGCUGCCCCGGGAGACACUGGCCUUUAGGGAGGAGCUCGAUGCCCUCAAGUUCCUGUGCAGAGAUCUGUGGGCGGCCAUGUUCCACAAGCACAUGGACAGCCUCCGCACCAACCACCAGGGGACCUAUGUGCUGCAGGACAAUAGCUUUCCCCUCCUCAUCACCAUGGGCUCGGGGCCGCAGUACCGAGAGGAAGCCCCCAAGUUCCUGGCCUUCACCUGCGGCCUUCUGUGUGGCGCCCUCCAUACGCUGGGCUUCCGGAGUCUGGUCACCGCCUCCGUGGCUUCCCUGCCCGCCUGCCCAGGGACAGGUAGCAUGAACGGAGUGGCGUGUCCGGCCAGCAUCCCGGGAGUGCCUCUAAGAGAACUGGGCCCAGGGCCCGUGGGACAUCUCAUACCCUGGCCAGGUUCCCCAUGGCCCAGAAUGGUGGCUCGACACCUGUCUGCUAUUAUCUUGACCCCAGAGGGCCUGCUGGGCCUAGAUGACAACUCCUGCCACUGUGAGGACCAGAGCUCAAUGAGCAGGACAUGUCAGGAGCUCAGGCUAGCCCUCCUGCCUCUGUGGUCUGGAGUGCAGGCCAGGUAAGUUCCAGGUGGUGAUCCAGAAGUCCUGAGGACCCCAGGCUUGCCCUGUCCUAACCUCAGCCUCAGUGUGGCGCAUGGCCCUGCCUCACGCUCACCUUUGCAGGUGGCUUGAAGCUGUGGCUCAGGCUCUGGGGAGGUCACGUGUGCUUGGUCCCGGGAGGUGGGGCCAGCCCAUGAGUUCAAAGUUGGCAUGGAGGGACAUUGGGGCAUCACCAGAUGACAGCUGUUCAAUAAAGGUUCUUUCUGUGGAAGCA